UGUGAAGUACUGUCAUUGUGUACUCCAUAGAAACAUUCGCGGCAUCAUACUGCAGAAUUGUAUAAAAAUCGAAAGAUCAAACAAUACAGCGCUAAUAUAAAUUAAUUAUAUCAAUUCAAUAUGAGUCGCAAAGAAGCACUAUCGUCCUUCAUUCAACAAAUUCACGGGCGACCCGUGGUUGUUAAACUGAACAGUGGCGUCGAUUACCGAGGUGUCCUAGCCUGCCUAGAUGGCUACAUGAACAUAGCCCUAGAACAAACGGAAGAGUAUGUCAACGGUCAGCUAAAGAACAAGUAUGGUGAUGCCUUCAUCCGCGGUAACAAUGUUCUGUAUAUCAGCACUCAGAAACGAAGGAUAUAGUCGUAGUUUGUUUAAAUUAGGGCAUAAGGACACAAUAAAAUAUUUCUUAUAAAAUA